AGUCAAGAGUAAUUAUGGUUCAUAAAAAGAAUAAAAGAUAUAUUCAAUUUACACUAUCGGCUAAUAAGAUCCAGUCUAGAAGACUUAUAGUAACAGAUACAGAAUUACAAAAACUUGUGUAUCAAGGUCUAAUAGUUAAUGAAGUUUACGAAGUAUUAUCAUAUAAUCGAAAAAGUAUGCCUUAG